GGUCGUCGGGUUACUGUCCCGCGCGGUGACCUUGGCCUCGCUUUCAACAGGCUCAACCAGCGGCUUCGUCGGAACAGAGUCUGGUAUGAACUCCGACGGACUGCUCGCCACGAGAAGAAAGGGUAUAAGAGAAGACGGUUGGAAAGUGAGCGAUGGAGGAAGCAGUUCGCUCACGAGGUCCGAAAGAAAGUCAAGCUUGUGGACACGAUCCGGAGGCGAGGAGCAUGA